AUGCUCGUGCACACCGACAGCAGCUCUGGCAACGCCUGUCGCGCCAUCUCGCUCACAUCCGCCGGCAUGUUGGAAUUUUGGGGCGGCAUUCCCGACCGCAUAUUUCGGAAUCUCAAAACGGCAGCAUUCCACGUUAGGGUUGUCAGACCACCCGACUGGAUCGAGGCGCUACAGGUGGCCGGUCGCGCUGAGUGCUGCACGGCAACCCUGUACGAGCGUUGCUCGCUGCAGGCCUGCCGGCCUCAUUCUGUUCGCGGCCUUUGGAGUGUUUACAUCUAUAGUGAAAGUGAUGAUGAUUACCCUUCGACCCCAGAAGUGUCACCUGGAUAUCUGGAUAACCAGGAAGAACUCCAAUUGGAUGAUACAUACCUAAUCGAUGUCUGCAGGGAAGAAGAAGAGCAGCAAGCAAUGACUAUACAGGAUAUCCAUGUGUCCUCCACUGCGGUAAUGAUCCAUCACAUUAGGGCAUUUUCAAUAUCUUCCUGUUCACAAUCGCUGCCUGGACAAGAAGCGAUGACGAUCCAAUACCCAUGAGUCUGCAGGCCGUCCAACCAACUAGUUUUGUUUCAGUCGAUCUUUGGGAAAGGGAAAGGGUGGUGAUGGGGCAGUGAGAAGUGCCCUGCCCCCCCACAUCACCUCAUUAUACCCUGCACAGUUUACGCACUACCAAGGAGACUCCUUAAAUUCAAGGUGACAUGGUUGGGCUGUGUUCCUCCAUCAAAGUGGAUACUAUAGUACCUGUUCCAGAGUGCAGGCACUUGGCUGGGCACCCACCGCCACCUCCCAGUGGGUGGGUGUGGUGGCCUGGAGAUUCAGGUGGCGAUGCCGCUGGAGUUAGACGCACUAUUGUCCUCUGCAAAUCCUCAUUGUAACAAGCGCCCAGAAUCAUUGUCUUACGCAUACGUCGUCGACCUGACUCCAGACUUCGAAGAGUGCAGCAGCAGCAGCAGCAGCUGAAGCAGCAGCGACAGCACAACAAAAAUGCCAAUGCAAAAAAAGUUGCCAUAAAGAGACGACAACGUCCCCAUCCCCAUCCCCAUACCCAUCUCCACAUCGCCUGGUAUCGCCCAAAAAUAAAUGCAACGCCUCCGAAUGGCCA